AUGCAUAGUCACUACGCCCCCACCUUCAUGGCAGCGAAGAGUCUCUCCAGAUCAGAACUCCUCAAGAAACACCACCAGAGACCCACAGGGAAGAAAUCUCACUGCUGCUCUGACUGUGGGAAGAGAUUCACCUCCUCAGCAGACCUCAAAAGACAUCAGAGAAUCCACACAGGAGAGAAACCUUAUAGCUGUGCUCAAUGUGGGAAGAGAUUCAUCUCUUCAUCAGGCAUUACAAUUCACCAGAGAAUCCAUACAGGAGAGAAACCUUAUAGCUGCGCUCAAUGUGGGAAGAGAUUCACCACCUCAUCUGGCAUUAAAAUUCACCAGAGAAUCCACACAGGAGAGAAACCUUUUAGCUGCUCUGACUGUGGAAAAAGUUUUGGUACUUCAGGAUGUUUAAAAUCACACCAGAGAACACACACAGGAGAUAAACCUUAUAGCUGUGAUCAAUGUGGGAAGAGUUUUACUAAAGCUGGCAGUCUGACUAAACACCAGAGAACACACACAGGAGAGAAGCCUUUUAGCUGCUCUGAGUGUGGAAAGAGUUUUGGUACUUCAGGAUGUUUAACAUCACACCAGAGAACACACACAGGAGAGAAACCUUAUAGCUGUACUCAAUGUGGGAAGAGUUUCACGCAGUCAACCAGCCUGAUAUCACACCAAAGAACACACACAGGAGAAAAACCUUACAGCUGUACUCAAUGUGGGAAGAGUUUUACUCAGUCAGGUGGCCUGAAAUCACACAAGAGAACACACACAGGAGAGAAAGCUUAUGGCUGUACUCAAUGUGGGAAGAAUUUUGUAUCAUCUGGCUAUCUGAAGAUGCACCAGAGAACACACACAGGAGAGAAACCUUAUAGCUGUGAUCAAUGUGGGAAGAGUUUUGGUACAUCUGCCUAUCUAGAGAUACACCAGAGAACACACAGGAGAGAAACCUUAUAGCUGUAAUCAAUGUGGGAAGAGUUUUGGUACAUCUGACUUUGCAUCAGUGGACACACAGAGGAGAGAAAUCUUAUAGCUGUGAUCAAUGUGGGACGUGAUGGUGCACCAGAGAACACACAUGAGAGAAACCUUAUAGCUGUG